CUCAACUCUCAACUUCUCAACUUCUCAACCCUCAGCUCUCGUCAGCCGCGACAACAAGCGCGACAACAAGGCCCACCCCCCUGAGUCUGACAUUACUCAUAUAGCCUUGUCAUACCAUACAUAACUCGUACCUAUUGUCAGAUUAUAUAACUUGCUAGGUCUCGCUCUCGCUCCCGCUACCGCCGCCGUUCCCGUUCUCGUUCUCGUUCCCGUUCCCGUUCCCACUCUUGUCCGCGUCGUCUUGGUCCAAUUAUAGAUCAACCAUAGAUCAAUUAUAGAUAUGAGAACGGCGACAUUCUCCUAAGGCGUAGCAUGGCAAGCGAAAUUCAAUGAAUUAUACCCCUGCCGUUCUCAGCCUCGAGGACAUUCCAUUCCCACCAACGGCUAGACCAGAAGAAAGUACAUCAAGUUAGGAGGCACCUAUAGCUUAUAGGACAGGCAGACAGCACAAAUUAUACAUAGAUGGAUAUGGCAACGCUUGAAAACGGGUCGGCCUCGUCCUAUCAACGCACGAACGGCACGACGUCCAACGAACUCGAGAUUCUGUGUCGCGGCCUUAAAGCCAAGGUGGACAACUUUCUCGAUACACCUACAGAGGAUGACGUCCUCAACUCCGUCAAGAACCAGGUAAUUGUCGCAAGAGGUGUCAUAGAAGAGGCUUUACGGCGAUAUAGAAUAGAAGAACUCUCUCUAUCUUAUAAUGGCGGAAAGGACUGCCUUGUCUUGUUAAUCCUGAUUCUCGCCUCUCUCCCCUCGUCCAUUUCAUUGCGAACGUCUUUAUCGCAGUCCUCGACAACCGCCCAAGCUGAAUCUUCCUACCCAUCUCCACCAUUCCCGCAUCGACUACAAGCCCUUUAUAUUAGACCACCGCUACCCUUUGCUGAGGUAGACGAAUUUGUCACAGCGACCUCGGCAGUCUACCAUCUUGACCUCACCACUUCGAACCAACCUAUGAAGCCCGCCUUGACCGAAUACCUAUUCGAGCGCCCCAAGAUUAAAGCUGUGUUUGUGGGGACAAGGAGGACCGACCCGCAUGGUGCGUCUCUGACUUUCUUCGACGAGACGGAUGCCGAUUGGCCUCGCUUCAUGCGAAUACAUCCCGUUAUUGACUGGCAUUAUCGCGAGGUCUGGGGGUUUAUACGAGCCCUGGACAUUCCUUACUGUCCUCUUUACGAUAUGGGAUACACUUCGCUGGGCGGGAUAGACGAUACGCAUCCAAACCCAGCGCUGAGGGAGGCCGGUAAGGGAUCUAGCAGCAAAGCAGACGGACAGCAAUUCCGGCCAGCGUAUGAAUUAACGGAAGAUAGGGAAGAGAGGUUGGGAAGGGAUCGAUAGCGUUAUUAUGUUUCUACAGGGGGGAUUAGAGGGAAUAGGCGAGCGUGUAUUGGAACGGCUGUAUGUUAUAGUUUAUGAUUUGGAUACACAUCACAUGAAGUUUUGGCAACGACAAAACACAGUUCGGUUGAUAAGGGAUUGGCAUUGGAACCCUGCAAAGGGGUUAUAUCUAUGAAAUAUGUACUCCUCCCACGUACCUAGAGACAUGAAAAUUUGAAAGUUCGAACCGCUCGGACGGGUUGGUUAGAAAAAGAGAGAAUCGGUCACUUAGUAUUCAUUCAUUUCCUACCUUUUUUUUCAUUCUUUAGAUUAGAUACCGAUAUUCGCUUACUUAUUCUGGGACUACUGGGAGCAGAUGUUAGACACAUAUAGACGGGGCUGAAGAUGAGAUUCCCUUCAUAUGAACAAAAUAAAUGCCCAUCUUACAUGAUCAAAGUUGAACCCUUGAAGGUAUAAAGAGAACUGAACGGAGGGCCAUCAAAAAUUCAAAUACACGUUUUCA